AUAAAAAAAAGAAGAUAAAAGAAGAAUAUAAUAGCUCCACGCCUGUUUGUCUUGAUAAGUGAUUCCGCCGCCCCUGCCGCCGCCGCCGCCGGAGGACGCUUCCCUUAAAGGUGUGAACCUCGUUCUCCGGAGAGAAGAAGAAGAUGCCUCGGCUGCUUUCUAACUAAUUCCUGGAGAGCCGACUCCGGCUUCGUCCUUCUCCGCCUCUCUCAGUAAUAAGAGUCGCUUUUCGCGAGCGUUUCCGAGCCACCCGGCGAGAUCAUUACACGGCGUGCAAGGCGACCGUCCUCCUCGUCCUCCUCGCUCUUCCACCCCGGGGGGGAGGAAAACCCAAGAUGAGCCGAUGUCACAGGAGAUGCAAGAGGCAGCUGAGUAAAGUUGCUCGCUAUUUUUACCAUUUGGUGACCGGGACCCUGCCGGAAGACAGCAUAGAAGAUGAGUUUGAACUGUCUACGGUCUGCCAUCGUCCGGAAGGGCUUGAACAGCUACAAGAACAAUCCAAAUUCACCAAAAAAGAACUUCAGGUUCUAUACCGAGGCUUUAAAAAUGAAUGUCCCAGUGGCAUCGUCAAUGAAGAUAACUUCAAACAAAUCUACUCCCAGUUCUUUCCACAGGGAGACUCCAGCAUGUACGCACAUUUUCUAUUCGAUGCAUUUGACACCGACCACAACGGCUCCAUCAGUUUUGAGGAUUUUGUAGCAGGAUUGUCAGUCAUCUUGCGGGGGAGUAUAGACGACAGACUGAACUGGGCCUUCAAUUUGUACGACCUAAACAAAGAUGGCUGUAUAACUAAAGAGGAGAUGAUGGACAUCAUGAAGUCCAUAUAUGACAUGAUGGGGAAGUACACGUACCCAAAUAUGAGGGAAGACGCACCCCGAGAGCAUGUGGAGAACUUUUUCCAGAAAAUGGAUAAAAAUAAGGAUGGCGUAGUCACAAUCGAAGAAUUCAUAGAGUCAUGUCAGAAGGAUGAAAACAUUAUGAGAUCCAUGCAGCUCUUCGACAACGUCAUUUAGCAAAAGCUGCGACUGAACGGAUUUUGGGAUCACACUUUUUCGAAUAGACAUUCUUCUGGCUGCACAAUUACAGAAUAGUUUGUCUGAUGCAAACUAAAAUGCAAUUAUAAUCUCUGUACUAUUUUACGGCUGUUGUAAACACUUAAAAAAAAAAAGAAGAAGGAAGAAAACAAACCAAACCCUACCAUGGAAAAACCAAACCCUACCAUGGAAAAACCAAACCCUACUAUCGGAAAACCCAAACCCUACCAUGGAAAAACUCAAACCCUUCCAUGGAAAAACCAAACCCUACCAUCAAAGAACCCAAACCCUACCAUGGAAAAACCAAACCCUACCAUCAAAGAACCCAAACCCUACCAUGGAAAAACCAAACCCUACCAUCGAAAAACGAAACCCUACCAUCGGAAAACCAAAUCCUACCAUCGAAAAAAAAACAAGCUCUAACAUCAAAAAACCCAAACCCUACAAUCGAAAA